GGAGGAGAAAAGUGACUCAUGUUGUUUUCUGUCUUUACAGCUGUUUCCUUCAUGAGACACAGCGCCUCAGCCUUUGGAUUUGCUUUUGAUGCCAUACUGGAUGUCAUGUCAUCAGCCAUCGUCCUUUGGCGCUACAGCAACGCAGCAGCUGUUCACUCUGCACACAGAGAGUACAUAGCGUGUGUGAUCCUGGGGAUUGUGUUUAUUCUCUCCUCACUAUGUAUCCUGGGAAAAGCCAUCCAUGAUCUGGCCACCAGGAUGCCUCCAGAAGUGGAUGACUUCCUCUACAGCGUCUCCAUAGUGAGCGGCCUCUGUUGUGCUGUGCUGGCCGUGGCCAAGUUCAUGCUGGGAAAAAAGCUGACCAGUCGGGCACUUAUUACUGACGGGUUUAACUCGAUGGUUGGAGCAAUCAUGGGAUUCUCAAUUCUCAUCAGUGCUGAAGUCUUCAAGCAGCAUCCCAAUGUCUGGUUUCUGGAUGGCACCAUUGGGGUUUUAAUCGGACUAAUCAUCCUGGCCUACGGAGUCAAGCUCCUGAAAGACAUGGUGCCACGGGUCAGGCAGACGAGGAACUACGAACGCUUCGAAUGAAAGAGCCCGAGGCUAAUCAGAUUAGCAGUUUUAGACACACACACACACCCACCCACACACACCUGGGUGCCUCCUGCCCUCUCCUCUCUCAUCUUUCAUACACUCAUCCACAUACUGCUUGUACAUUCACUAUUACGGCAUACAUCAUGCUCUGUUACAUGCAUAUAUGUGAAUAUACACUUUUGCUGUACAUACUGUACAUAGUGCACUCCGACAUUCAAUUACUCAAGUCUCAGAGACCUUGAGAGAUAAUGACAUUAUUGAAGAUCUUUUCAGCUCAGAGGUUGUUUUUUUUUCCUCUCCUAAAUGCUCCUAAAUGCAUCAAGUUAAAAAUGACAUCCUGGAUGAGGAAGAGGUGAGAUCACAAACUCAAAAGCUAAAGAAGUGCUUUGGGUUUGUUCAGGAAGGCAGAGACGGAUGUCAAUGCAGAUUUUUAUGUUGAUAGUGUCUUUAAAUAAGGUCUUGUGGAAAAAAGAGGGUUUAUCCAUGUAAUUUACUAAAUAAGACAUUCAAUGGGCUUUUUAGAAUGAAGCCUUUCCUUCAUUGUCAAACUCUUGCUCUAAGCAGCCCACUAAUUUACAAACUUUAUCAUUUCAAGUGACUAUUAAGCAGAAGUGUGUCUUUAAAUGUUAAACAGAGGAAAUCUUCUGAGAUUAGCCUCUUAAAUUAUCUCUAAGACAUGAAAACAAGAGGAGAAAACGGUUAAUACUAUAUCUUCCUGAUACAUUAACAACUUUCAGUUAGGUGACUGAGUUAAGAUGAAAGGACUCAUUAAGCACAAACAUUUGCCAUAAAAUGGCGAUGGAGACAAAGUUCAGUGCACAAAUCUGGAACUGUUUUGAUGUUUUUGUUUUCUUUCUGUAAUAAGUUCAAGCACAAAUUAAUGAACCAGCUAUGAUAACGUACAUUUGUUGACUGCUGCUGACAGCUGAUCAUUGAGCCAACUUGGGCCAAACAAAGCCUUGAACAUUUUUUUUUCAUAUAUUGUCAUGUUGAAAUUAAACGUACUUUAAAGAGAUUUUAAGUUAAACAAAACAUAGUGUGUAAUUGUGAAGUGUUCAGAGAAUAUCACUUUUUUUUUAUCAGUACAAAUGUGAAAAGUGUCAUGCAUUUGUUAUCAGCACCCCCAAGUCAACAGAAGCACCAUUCGCUGCAUUUAAAGCAGACUAGUACCAGUAUUGUGUCUUUGACUUUACAGAAAUCCCUCAUGCUGAGUAUGCAUGUGGCGACAUUUGAGAGGAAAAACUCCCCUCUAACAGGAAGAAACCUCCAGCAUAGCCUGGCUCAGUACGAGCUGCAAUUUGCCACGAGCGACUCAGAUUUUGAGAAGACAGAGCAGAUUCACAAAAAAGAAACAGAAGAACUGAUGUAGUACUUUCUAUGUUAAUAAAAUAUAAGUCAAUGACAGCAGAGGAACAUGUUUCCUCCCUCCAGGAAGGGACCACAGCCAAACAGAAAGCCAGACCAGAUGUAGCUUCUAUGGAGGAAAAGAAAACUGAGAAAACAUUAAGUUCGCAGUUGGAAUGACGGAAGAAAGUAGCAGAGUGACGAAAAGUGCUAAGCCUAUAACAGCAUAACUACAGAAAUAGCUCAAAAUAACCCAACUCCUUAAAAUGAAGCUUUAGAGAGACAAAGCCAAAAAUAAAAUAGAAAUAUAAAAACAGAACUAAUAAACUGUAAAGUAACGUAGUCUGAUCAAAAGAAAUGUGCAACUGAGUGGGAAAACAUGAAAAAAUGACCAAAAAUGUGCAUAAGAAAAUCAACAGAAUACUUACAAGAAG